ACAACGGUGAGUAACCGUCUUUUACAUAACCCAUCAUCCAAUGGUCAUCUUAUCAGAAGUUUGUGACUGUAUAUUACCAUUCAGGUAUAAUUUGCAAAUGCAAAUUUGCAUUUAUAGUGCAUGUGCUCCGACCUACUCUCAUAAAUGGCAUUUCAGUUUCCAGUAUUAUCAGUCAGGAUCUUUGCAAGCAUGCUAAUUUUUAAAGGAAAACAGCUUACAAAAAGAGAGUAGAAUGGGAGGUAAAAGAAUAGCUUUUCCUGCUGGAGAUACGAUUUCCAGUGAAAUAAUUAUGGUAGUUUUCUCAUCCUAGUUCAAAUUUGUGCACUUCAGAGUACUGUGAAGUGUGGCAUGCCAGGUAGGUGGCCUUUGCACACAAGGCUUAUGACUGUGGAAAAUGAUGGUAUCUGUUCUCAUUAUGCCUGCCUCAACCUUCCUCACUAGCACUAAUCUUUCACAUGAGUUGUUACCAAGACAUUUUUUUUUUCAUAUAGUAAUUAUGCUGGUCCUUACCACUGGCAUUAACAAAAAGUAGAGUGCUAGAAUUGUAAAAAAUCACUGCAGCUGAAAAUAUUUUUUAAUCUGUUUAUUGUCUGAGGAAAAUUCUGUUGCUGGAACUGCCUCUUCAGACUCCUACUGCAUUGGUAAGUACUAAUCUGUUUCUGGCACCCUAACACAAUGCAGUUGGUCUUAUGGUUAAGCUUUUACUUUAACAAAAAUAAAGGCAGGCUAGCCAGCACCAACUGUAGGGGAGAGGGCUUCCUUUUCCCACCCCCCUCCGUAGUUCAGAGUUGAAUUGGUUUUUCCCUCCCCUUCAGAAAGAACCUGUUCAUUUUUAUUAUGGUUUGGGGAGAGUGCAAGAUCAAUUCUUAAUUGUUGUGUACUUGUUAACAUAGUGCCAGGGCCAAAUUAAUGGAAUCUAGGCCCUUGGCACACCACAAAAUGAGGGUUUCCCAUGGUUCUGUCCCACACCUGAAGUGGCAGCAGAAAAUGGGGGGAGGACUUCCUGUUCCAGAGAAGGGCCAGCAGCAUAGGCCCAUCUGGAGCAUCGAAAUUCAGAACCAGCUGGGGAAGAGGCCUAUUUUCCCAUCAACGUACAACUGCAUAUGUACAAGUUCUCCAUAUACUGGUAAAAGAACUAGACCCCUUUGUUUGAAAGAAAGUUGCUAUUAAGUUGAGUCACGAUUAUAUGAUUUUUAUGACGAUCUAGAACACUUUUUAUGAGCCUUUAAAUUAGCCAUUAAAGCUAGCAAUAACUUUCUUAUGGACCCAAGCCUUAACAUUACUGAAAGCAAUUCAAAGCUUAUUGAUUUACUCUCAGUGAAGAUCAUCUUUACAAGUGUAAAGUAGCUGGGGAGGGAAAAUCUGGUGGCUAGAGCACCUGACUGGAUGUGGGAUUUGUCUUCCUAGCUCAGUUAGAAGUUAUUUACUCUCUCCGUACGUGAGUCUCCUCAUCUGUUAAAUAGGGAUAAUACUUCCCUAUUCCAUGAGUAAGGAGUGAUGUUUAAUAUAUUGCUGUAAGCCUGAGAUGCUUUAUAGAAGGGCACAGUAGUAAUAUAAACAUUGGUAAAUAUUAACAUACAAACUGUGUUCCAUUCCUGUGGCAGGGAAACCGUUGCCUGUCCUACACUGAAGAGGAGACGGUCAGGACCUUUGGAUCCUUUCUGCCUCCCAUAGGCCUUCUCACCUAGCCACAAUUUAUGGUUGGUACAGCAGGUGAAACUGGAAUUUGCGAGAUCGGAAUGAAUACCCAGGAUCAGUUGGUGAACAGCAAAUGCAUUGAAUCUGACACAACUUUGCAACAUCUGCAGUCUAAUUGUGAUGGCAUAGAAAGUACAAGUGCAUUGGACGACGAAGAUUAUAUCACAAAAAAUAGAAAGCCAGUGGGUUCAACGUACUGUACUCAAGAAUCACGAGAGGAGACUCCUGGGAGAGAAGAAACCCGUACUGAGCCACCUGAUGGCCAACAAGAUCCGGAGACUGAAAAAAACAAAGAGAAGACCUUAGGAAAAGAAGUACUGUUAUUGAUGCAAGCCUUGAACACGCUUUCUACUCCAGAAGAAAAGUUGGCAGCUCUCUGCAAAAAAUACGCUGAUCUUUUGGAGGAGAGCCGGAAUGUUCAAAAGCAGAUGAAGAUACUGCAGAAGAAACAAGCGCAGGUUGUGAAAGAGAAAGUCCACUUGCAGAGUGAGCAUAGCAAGGCCAUUCUAGCACGCAGCAAACUGGAAUCUCUGUGCCGGGAGCUUCAGCGUCAUAACAAGACUUUAAAGGAAGAAAACAUGCAGCAAGCACGUGAAGAAGAGGAGAGACGUAAAGAAGCAACUGCACAUUUCCAGAUCACACUGAAUGAAAUUCAGGCCCAGCUGGAACAGCAUGAUAUACACAAUGCCAAGCUCCGCCAAGAAAAUAUUGAAUUAGGGGAGAAGCUGAAGAAACUAAUUGAACAGUAUGCUUUGCGGGAAGAGCAUAUUGACAAAGUGUUCAAGCAUAAAGAAUUACAGCAACAACUGGUGGAUGCCAAACUUCAGCAAACAACACAACUUAUAAAAGAAGCUGAGGAAAAACAUCAGAGAGAAAGGGAGUUUCUAUUAAAAGAAGCCACUGAGUCCAGACACAAAUGUGAGCAGAUGAAGCAGCAGGAAGCCCAACUAAAACAGCAGCUUUCUCUUUACAUGGAUAAGUUUGAAGAAUUCCAGACCACCAUGGCAAAGAGCAAUGAACUUUUUACAACCUUCAGACAAGAAAUGGAAAAGAUGACGAAGAAGAUAAAAAAACUGGAAAAAGAGACAAUAGUGUGGCGUACAAAAUGGGAAAACAACAACAAAGCUCUUCUGCAAAUGGCUGAAGAGAAAACAGUUAGAGACAAAGAAUACAAAGGCUUUCAGAUAAAACUGGAGCGUUUAGAGAAGCUGUGCAGGGCUCUUCAGACUGAGCGGAAUGAGCUGAACGAGAAGGUGGAAGUUCUUAAGGAACAGGUUUCUGUAAAAGAAGCAGAUGUGGAUCUAGCAGUUCAGGUGUUGCAGUCAUGCACACUCAAUUCCCAUGAGGAGCUGGGAACGUCCACUGAUACAGAACCAGGAAUUCAAUCAGAUGCUGAAUCAAGUGCAGCAAAUGAAGGAAAUGGCUCUGAAAAGACUGUCUCCAUGAGUCCUGUUCCUGUUGACUAAAAUGAAGCGUAAACACUGUAUUGAAAGAUAUAUUUUGUGUAUAACUUUCUCUGUUGGUGGUAACUAUUGGUUUUGUGGUGAAAAUUUUCUUACUUUUUCUACCAUAUAUGUAUUUUCUUAGAACUACUGGACUUAUGUGGUACAAGAAGCUGCACAGCAGCUUUGAAUAGCGUGAUCUAUACGUUUUCCACAACUGUGUUGCACAUCUGCCUCAUUUUAAAAAAAUAUUUUUCCAUAAAGAAUGCACGUGCAUUUUUCUCUCCCCUAAACACAAAUCUCACCAUGUCAGUUAAGACCUGUGUACAGAUUUAACAUUUCAUGGGGAAAAGUGACAGGAGUGUCACUUCAUUGGUUUGAAAAUAACAUUUUGCUUCUGUUAACUGAACUAAGGUUUGGUAUACUAAUGUAAUUACCAAACUCUUCAGUGAAUUAUCUACAUUCAUCUAAUGGCCAGUAGGAACUUCAGCUAUCUCACCUGAUUAUCUAUGAAAAUAAGGGUCCAGAAUAUGAUCAAGAAUAUUUUACAGGGUUUUAAUGUAGUUGUGAUAUGACAAAAACAGCUUUCAAAUAUACAUACUUUAAUUUGCAGCUGGUAAAACAGGGUGUACAACUUUCUUGCAGACUUCUCAGGAUCGUGCUCUAAGGUUAAUUCACAGACAGACAGACUAUAUUUGCCCUCCCUGUGAAUGUGUUCAAUUUAACUUGCAAAGAAAGCAUACAGGAAUAAGUGUGUAUGGAGUGAAGUUGUCUGUAAUGGAAUAUACGUAACUGCAGAAGUUAGUCAUGUUAUGUCCCUUAACAUAAAGCCUCAGCAUUGCAGAGAAUUCAUAAAAUGAUUAUUUCUGAUUAGAGAAGUUGCAUUAAAUCUGGAUAUUUUAAAACAAGAAGUUCUUGUAGAUUUGUUGAUACUGUAGUGCUUAAGACACCAACCUUUGGUUUGGAUGUUCUUUACGUAGCACUAUAUGCAAUAUAUUUAAGGAUCUGUAAAGAACACAGUUAAUAUUUGAUCAUGUGGAUUCAAAUAUAUUCCCAGAGUAAAACAUUUAACUUGUCACUCACCUAACCUGAAAAGUCACUGAUCACCAGACAGAGUGCCUUCCUGGUACCUACUGCUCUCUGGUAAAUUGGUAAUUCAGAGGUUUCAUGUUAAACUAAUAUGUCAUAAGUGUAAAAAAAAAAAAAAAUUACAUUUAAAAAAAAAUGUAAUGGACCGCAGUUGUGAGCCUUACAGAGUUUCACUUUGAAAACUUGGGUAUCAAAUUUUUAAGGGAACUGUUCUCUGGGACAGGCUGGGACCAACAUUUAUUUUUAGAAAGGCAGGAAAUGUAGGCAGGUCAUGUGUUAAGUAACAAGCUACUGUUAAGUUUAGCCCCUAUAUGUUCGCUUUCUAGUUUCAGUUGCUGUCACUUUUAUUUUAAGAGAUACAAACGUAGCUUUUUCUGGUACUUAAUGUUCUUUGCAUUUAAGUUCAGUGGGGGAUUUCUGAACCAAGCACAUAACUUUCAAUGAGCUUCCCUCCCCGCCCCUUUUGUUCUUUUUGGCAGUUUAGUGGCUAAAUUACUUGAAUGUUCAGGCUGCACUGAGCUCUUGAUCCCUUCCCUGAUGUAAUGAUGUACAUUUAAAAUAAUGUAGAUGUCUUAUAAAGAGAAUAAGGUUGUAUAAAGCCUGAUAAAUGUGUUUUAGCUCAUACCACUGAACAAAACUGUAUCAAACUGACAUUUCUUAAAUUGUGUAGCAAAUGAGUGACAUGAAUUGGGAACUGGCCAGUUUUUCUCUUCAAUUUGCACAGUCUGUUUUAUAUUCAUGGUCCACACAUGGUGAAGUAAUGAGAAGGUAGAGGUGAGCAGUCAGAGAGGUUGGACUCAGCUUUGAAACACUAAUCACGUUAACCACAUGGCAACAAAAAUACUGGAAAGAAGAAACAUCCUUCCAAAGUUGCUUCAUCAAAUGGUUUGUCUGAUGUUGUGUGUUGUCAUGGAAUCAAAAAACUGUAACAGAAGUAAGUUUUUUAAAUUUCUGCCAAAACUGGUCUUCAGUUAAUAAAUUAAGUGAACGUGAAAUCAUUUUCCUGAGGGCAAGUGAAAAUCUUAAUGUAUCAAUUACAGCACAACAUACUCUUGGCAAAAAGUACAAAUUUCACAAGUGAAGUGGAAAGUGCAGUUUUCUCUUUUUAAAAUGUAUUUGGUCUCCUGUAUCUAUAAACAACUUUCUUUUUGUAAUGCAUGUUCCAUGUUUAGUCAAGAGUGAACUUUGGACUCUGCUGCAAGGGCUGUAAAGAUAUGUGAGACAAAUGGAAGAGCAGUACAGACGAUACGUAGUUACUGGCUUGCAUGUGUAAAUGAAGCAGAAUGCCACUAGUAAAAGGUUUUAAGGAAUCUGGGAUUUUCUUCCUAUCUCUGUGUGACCCUGAAAAGGUCCCGCAUCACACCAACUUCUUCCCUCUAGCAAAGAUGGGCUGGACCUGGCUUCCUGGAUGCAGUUAAUGUCAUUCCAUGCACUGGCCAAAGGUGCGUUGCUACAAAGAAUACAGGUGAUAAGCCCAGCACUCACACUGAUCUGCCAUACAGCAGGCUGUUGCACUGCCACUGUACAGCCACAUUGGUUCCAGUAGGGUUUUUAUGGAAACUUGUAUUGUGUCUCUUCCAGUACCACAACUGUUUAAUCUGGGCUGUAAAUUUAUAUAGCCUCUGAUGUGUACACCUAAUUGUCAGUUGGGCCCAUGAUUUUUACCAUGAUUAGGGCUGCACAAAAAAAAACAAAAA